AAAAAAGGUUUAAAGGUCAAUGAUCAACUAAGUUUCAUUUUAUUAACCUGUAUGCGGAGCUAGUUUCAAAUUAUAGAUAAGAUGGAUUUCUUUGAUUCUGCUAAAGCCUACUAUUAUGAAACGUUAGACAGAGGAGACAAGAGAGUCGAAAACUGGUUACUAAUGGCAACACCAAUCCCAGUGACUAUGUUUUUCUUGGCAUAUAUCGCUAUAGUUUUGAUUGGGCCUCGUUUUAUGGCAAAUAGGAAACCUUUUAACAUCAAGACCUUGUUGUUUCCGUAUAAUGUCGCUCUUGUGAUUUUGUCUGUGUAUAUGUUCACAGAGUUUUUGAUAACCUCGAUCAAGUCCAACUACAGCUAUUUAUGUCAGCCUGUCGACUAUUCAGAAAGUCCGUUAGCAAUGAGGAUGGCAAAUGUCUGCUGGUGGUUUUUCUUCUCGAAAAUAAUUGAGCUGCUCGACACGGUGUUCUUCAUCAUGCGCAAGAAGUUUGAUCAGGUGACCUUCUUACACGUGUAUCACCACAGUACUAUGAUAUAUAAUUGGUGGUUCGGGGUCAAAUACGUUGCAGGGGGUCAAUCGUUUUUCACUGGUAUGCUGAAUUCGUUUGUCCACAUCUUUAUGUAUUCUUACUACGCCCUCUCACUUCUUGGACCAAAUGUUCAGAAGUAUCUUUGGUGGAAGAGAUAUCUAACGAGGCUUCAACUUACUCAAUUUUUCGCUUUUGUGGUUCAUACCGGAUACAAUCUUGUGACAGACUGUGAUUUUCCUCAGACAUUUAACAUUGCUGUUUUCAUCUACGCGAUCUCCCUCAUUGUGUUGUUUGGAAACUUUUACUAUAGAGCUUACACGCUGAGGCAGCGGGAGAGCAGGGCAGACAAAAAGGCAUCAUAAACAUUUAACAUGUAUAUAUUCAGACAAUCAUAUAUCUUAGAUACCGGUAAUCAUUAAUAUGAAUGUUUGGUCAGAAUGUUAUAAUAAUUAUACAACAAAAGAAGUUGUAUAUAAUUGUGUUGAUUAACGUAUAUACAUGUAGUUUAUAAAAUAUCUUUUAUUAGAAAUAGUGAAAAAUUACAAAACCUUAUAAAAAAUAAAAACAUCACAAUUUAAAACUUUGUUGGUUUUAUUUAA